GCGUUUUCAUCUCAGUUAUCGUUUGCUCUCGUUGGUAGACGAAAGUCACAGCCCAUUCGCAGCAGACAGGCGACAUGCGUGCGUGACCUGCGUUGCUGUCGGAAAAAAGGGAGAGGAAGCAAAAAAGCGUGCAGGUGGUAAUAAGAAGGGGUGCUCAGUAGCAGGGUGACACACGCUUCUAGGUGGAGACGUUCUUCAACGCUUUAGCAACUGCAACUGUUGUGCAAAAUGUGUAUGAAUUCAUAAGUGUAUCUUUGUUGAAUCAAUGUAGAAAUUGGCAUGGUGAAAUCUGCCUAGUGACUUUUUGCGUGGAAAUUGUGUAAAACCUUUGCGGGGCUUCAGUGAAAAUGGCUUUGAAAAAACAGUGUGGAAGUGUGUCACGUUUAAUGAAGCACAUCGAUCGAGGGAUGAUUAUGGAAUCCAGUUUUUAAAAGUUAUCAUUAUAAAGGAACUCCUAAAGGAAUCCACAAUACAAAAGCCAGUGUGUAACAUACAACUCAUUCUUGUCAAAUGGCACCGAUCAAUCUAACGCAACAGCUCAGGACGCGCAUCGGACGGACGACAUGGACGCAGCGACCCAUUUCAAUCUGAAGUUGUCAGGUCACGCAUAGUCAGCGCCCGUCCCGUCCCGUACGACAUCCCGACACCUACAUUCGAACAGGGCAAUCAAUCAUUUUAAACCUGUGACCCAACACGCCGAAACCAUUCGGAUCCGGGGAUGGACCGAGUCCGGGAGCGUGUGUAGCGCGGCGGAUUAAAUCAUUUCUCGGUGUGGCGUCCCUUCAGUAAUCAAGUUCUACAAACAGGGGUCGUAAAAAUUCCACAUACUCUCACACACACGCACACGCACACGCUGGAUCUGGACUAAAGGGGGUUCGGGUUGACUUGUACAAGCUCGAAGCUGAAACCGAUUGACGGCAAUAAAUGUCCAGCCAUGCCUGUCGGUGACAGAACCUGCGUCAAAGUUGUGGCUUCGCUCGUGACCCUGGUCGAUGGAUGUCAUCGGUGGAGUGGUUUUUCCGUAUCGUCCGGUACGUUCAGCGGUUUGUGGCUGGGACAGUAAUUAGCUUAGAAAACUGUCUGCGUUAGAGUGCUCGAAAGAAAGGGGACGAGAAAGAGUGCACGUGUGGUUGUGUGUGAAUGUGCGUCUGUGAAUAUGUUUAAGAGAAAAUGACUUAUGAAGGGUUAGCUCGCAGCGUGGAAAUAGAGUGGCAUUGAAGGAAGUAAAAGAAGGUCUCCAUACAUAUCAGCAGUAGAAACAGAAAGAGAGAAGAAAGAAAGUGAGUGUGUGUAAGGUUAAUGAAACCGUGGGUAGAAGGAGUAGUUACGUACAUUGUUGCGUAUCCUAACGAUUUUCUACGGGAAAAAGCCGUUGGAAAGAUGAAACGAUUGAGCGAUGAACUGAGCUGGAAGUGUAACUAUUUGUUUGCAUUGUGUAAUGCGUGUGACGGUGUGAAACAUAAAGCAGCACUCCUUACUACACAUGUGUGUAUAUGGAUACGCUAAUUGGUUCCCUGCUGGUAGAUGACAUUGGUGUGGCCCGACAGCGACAGCAGGUGCGUAUAGCUGAACAAUCACACACAGUGUGGUCAGCCGGGAUCGUUACCGAGCGUAGCGGGUUUGAUCAACAAAUACCGAGCACGACAUCGUCAACGAUUUUGGCCACGGUGGUAGGUGGCAGUGCAACGGUGGGCCUUGAGCCGGGGAGCAGCAUUCCGACACCGUUCGCAGUGUUGCUGGCGCACAAUCAGACAACCGGUGACCAUGGCUUCGGCCACGGAUUCACCGGGGAUGGUGGGGACGCAGGGGGCAGUGGCAGCGGCGAGGCCAUCGUCGGUCCGGCGGCUUCGAUCGGCAUCGGUGGGUCGCUCGGUGUGCCACUCGCCGGCGGUACUACGGUAGCGACGAUCGUGUCCUCGACGCUAGCGAACGCGACCCUGUCCGAGCACGAGCUGGACCUGGACACGAUCCGCAAGGUGAUCAUCUGCAUCGUACUGUUAGCUGUGAUAUUUGGCACGAUCGUCGGCAACAUACUGGUGUGUGUGGCCGUGUGUCUGGUGCGGAAACUGAGACGUCCCUGCAACUAUCUGCUCGUGUCCCUGGCCGUGUCGGACCUGUGCGUCGCUUGCCUAGUGAUGCCACCGGCGUUAAUGUACGAAGUGCUGGGCGAGUGGAACUUUGGGCGCGUGUUCUGUGAUAUCUGGGUGUCGUUUGAUGUGCUGUCCUGUACCGCUUCCAUCCUUAACCUGUGCGCCAUCUCCGUCGAUCGGUACUGGGCCAUCACGAAACCGCUCGAGUACGGUGUGAAGCGUACGCCCCGGCGAAUGAUGCUUUGCGUGGCGCUGGUGUGGUUGGCCGCGGCCUGCAUAUCCCUGCCGCCGCUGCUCAUCCUCGGCAACAAGCACACGAUCGGUGAAGGUCCCGACCAGCGGCCUUUCUGUGCCGUGUGUGAGGAUGUCGGGUAUCAGAUUUACGCCACACUCGGAUCUUUCUACAUUCCGCUCGCCGUGAUGCUGUUUGUUUACUAUCAAAUAUUUCGUGCCGCUCGGCGAAUAGUGAAGGACGAGAAGCGAGCACAGACACGGCUCGAGAACAGUUUGGCGGUCGAUAAAACGAGCACUACCACCGCUACGACAACGACGACGACCACGUCCAUGAGCUUGAAGCCACCGGACUCGAUCGUUCCGGCGAUGAGUGUUGGCGGCGGUUCCCCUCACCAGAAGAAGCUCCGGUUUCAGCUGGCCAAGGAGCGGAAGGCAUCGACCACGCUCGGUAUUAUCAUGUCGGCGUUCACGAUCUGCUGGCUACCCUUCUUCAUACUGGCGCUGGUGCGGCCGCUCAUGGACGAUGACUACCCGACACUGUCGUCGUUCUUUCUGUGGCUCGGGUAUGCCAACUCGCUGCUCAAUCCCAUCAUCUACGCCACGCUGAACCGCGACUUCCGGAAGCCGUUCCAGGAGAUCCUGUACUUCCGCUGCUCCAACCUGAACAUCCUGAUGCGGGAGGACUUCUAUCACAGCCAGUACGGUGAGCCAGGGUCGCAGCGGUUCGUGCUCGAGAACGAAGGGCAGCACACGGCGCGGGAAAGCUUUCUCUAACUCCGGUUUGGUUUUGUUUAUUUAACCGCGCGGGUCGAUUGUUCCUCGUAACAGUGCUAUCAUUCAUACCAGGAUGAUGCUUUUGGCCUAUCACUAAUAUUGUAUUCUGGUACGAAGGAAGAAGUCUGAUGCAGCCGGUUCUAUGCAAUUCGUACAGCCAUAGUAGUAUUAAAUGUUUCACUAGCACCGAUUGUCAUAUGUUUGAAGACGAAUUAAAACAAUUAUCGCCUUCAGCAGUUCCCCGAGAUAAUCGAGUACUUACUAGGUUUCCGUGAGACAAUUGGUUGGUUGCAUUUGUUGGGAAAUUAUUAAAUUAAUAAUUACUCACCGCCACAUGCACAGAUCCGAUGAAAAAUAGAGAGAGAGAAAGUAAAAAGAAAGCACACGUUAAAUAUGCUACAAACAUAAUAAAAAAAAGCACAAACCACACAAGCCGAUACAAUCACGCAGUCUACAUAGAUGGUAUGGUAAUCAUAACAAUCCAAAACAUUCGUAUUAGCCGUUCAACGCAAGCAUUAGGCUUUGUCGUUGAGGUAUAAACACAAUGCAUCUUUGUACUUUCAAGGGACUGCAGAAAGCUCACGUUAAGGGUGGAAUUCGGAAAAUAGGCGCCAAGUCAAAAAUAAGUUACUAGAGGGCAUGUAAAAGUAGCAAAAAACUGUUAGAUUAGUUUUGUUAGUAGCAGAUUCUCGAAUGUACGGCUAAUGUACUAGAAAGGCGAUGUCGGGUGAUUCUGUCAUAAAUCCAAGUAUAAUUAUGCUAGAUCUCAAAAGUACGAGCUUUAGUGUUUAUAAAAACGAAACGUAAUUAGUUGAAUGGCGUGAGAAAUACGGCUUAAAAAAAUCCCCGUUGAGUUUAGAAAAUCUGGUUUUGGUUAAUGUUUUUAGAGCCAGUUCGUUUAUUAAUUUGUCUCUAUGAGUCGGUUUUACAGUAGGAACGGAAAUGAGCAGAACAUAAGACUUUAAUGCGAACAAUUACUAUAUCGUAAGAAUUCUGACCGUAUCUUAAGGGUUUAGAGAAGGAUAUUUGAAGAAUUUACUCGUCAAACGAAAUGAACUCUUUUAGCAUGUAAACUAUAGUGUCUAGGUGUGAUCGUUUGUCGAUGAGGAGGAUAUGCAAGGUCAAGGUGAUACACCAAGGCAUAAUUUCCGUAGGUUCUAAUUGAACGGUGUGCAUCAUACUGACCGUCAAGGCGUACACCAACCGCUCAUAUGUCGCACAUCCCUGCGAUAGUCGUCGACACAUCGGAUAAAUGUGUUUAUUUUCGUUAUUGAUUUGUAUGUGUAUUACUGUAUGGGAAGGACAUAGGACUGCAUAACUGCAGACUCACACCGUCAAAAACGCAGACACACAAAUACAUUAGUAAACCUACAGGAACAAAAAUGCAGGUGUAUCAAAACGAAUCUUUCAAUACACACAGAAAUAAAAAAAUACCAAUUCACCUUAGACAGAGCGUAAUGCUUCACUAUUUGAACGGUAGGUGUAAAGAUAACUCGAUCGUGCGUGCGAUGCGUAUUACAACUAUUUACAAUUCAGCUCUCUAAACUACCAGCUAAGCAUAGCAGCGGGCAUGUGUCUAUGCGUGCACAGAAUCGAUUAUUUACAAGCAGAGCUUGAGUUGUUGCGUUGGUUUUGGACUAUUUUAUUGUUUUAUUUUUCUAUCGAUGAUUGAAUCUCUACUACAGGUCGUAUUUAUAGCAAAGCAAAACAAAAAUGGACACCGACUUUACUCUAAGAUGAAGCGUGACUUGAACCGGAACGCUACUCGUAUACCUUAACUGAGCUUUUUGGGGAAUCUGUUAUCGAAACACUAGAUUAUACGAGAAAGAUCGUGAAGCUCAAAUGGAAUCAUUUCUCAAAAUCAAUUCUUGAUAAAUGUGCUUCAGUAGGGAAAUGAUGUUAUGAUAUUAAAGGGGAGAUGAAAAAAAAGAAAACCGAAUACAAUACUUCAAUAUGGUAAAACGGUGAAAGUAUUCCAACCGACCCACUAACGGGUGGGUUGUCUAUAGUAGCAAAUGUAUUUGAAACAAAAGUCUGGUUGAUUUUAUACUGAACUCUAUAAACGCUCCUAUUGCUACGACGAUGUAAUGAAUGAAAAAGGUAAAUAAAUAUCAACUAGAAGUCUAACUAAAUGGAUGAACGAAGAAAAGGAGCAAGCUGAAAUGUGGAAUCUUAAACAAAAAAAAAAAAAACUGCUAAAAAUACUCCUGCCAAAAAUGGGCACGAAAGGAGGGCACAUAAAAUAAAACUAAAACAAAAUGA